UCGAGAUGGAAUCGGCAGCUCCUGACGACGAGGUAGCAGGCACCGGUUCUCAUUCGACUCAGAUGGGAUCUAGAACUCCUAGGCUCUUCAUAAAAGAGAUGGUCAUGAGAGAUUUCAAAUCCUACGCCGGCGAACAGCGCGUUGGCCCUUUUCACAAGAGUUUCUCGGCCGUGGUCGGUCCAAAUGGUAGCGGAAAAAGCAACGUAAUUGACGCUAUGCUCUUCGUGUUUGGAAAGCGAGCAAAACAGAUGCGUCUCAACAAAGUAUCAGAGCUCAUUCACAAUUCGACUAACCAUCAGAAUUUGGACAGUGCUGGAGUGUCAGUCCACUUUCAGGAGAUAAUCGAUUUGGAUGAUGGGACAUAUGAAGCUGUCCCUGGAAGCGAUUUUGUUAUAACACGUGUUGCUUUUCGAGACAACUCCUCCAAGUACUAUAUAAACGACCGGGCAAGUAACUUUACUGAAGUCACGAAGAAAUUGAAAGGGAAAGGAGUGGACUUGGACAAUAAUCGGUUUCUGAUCCUUCAGGGUGAGGUGGAACAGAUAUCAUUGAUGAAGCCAAAGGCACAAGGACCCCAUGAUGAAGGAUUUCUCGAGUAUCUUGAAGACAUAAUAGGAACUAACAAAUAUGUAGAGAAAAUUGAUGAAUCAUUGAAGCAGCUGGAAGCCCUUAACGAAAGAAGGUCUGGUGUGGUUCAAAUGGUGAAGUUAGCUGAAAAAGAAAGAGAUAGCUUGGAGGGGGUGAAAAAUGAAGCAGAAGCUUACAUGCUUAAGGAACUAUCCCUGCUCAAAUGGCAAGAGAAAGCUACUAAUCUAGCCUGUGCAGAUAACACUAAAAAGAUUGAGGAACUGCAGACAAAUGUUACCAGCCUGGAAGACAAUCUUAAAACUGAACGGGAGAAAAUUCAAGGAAACCACACAAUGCUGAAGGAACUUGAAGCUUUGCACUUGAAAUAUAUGAAAAAGCAGGAGGAACUUGAUAGUGGACUCAGGAAUUGCAAAGACGAGUUCAAGGAAUUUGAAAGGCAAGAUGUGAAGUAUCGCGAAGAUUUGAAACAUUUGAAGGAAAAGAUUAAGAAAGUAGUUGAUAAACUUGCAAAGGAUACCAGAAAAGUUGAUGACACCAGGAAGGACUGCGAAGAGUCAACAAAUCUGAUUCCACAGUUAGAGGCAGACAUUCCAAAACUGCAGCAAACUUUGAUGGAAGAGGAGAAACUUUUGGAUGAGAUUACGGAAAACUCUAAAGUUGAAACUGAGGUUUUCCACAAGGAGCUUGCUGAAGUUCGUUCUGAACUACAACCGUGGGAAAAUGAACUGAUUGAGCACAAAGGAAAACUUGAAGUUGCAUGUACUGAAAGUAAACUUCUGAGUGAAAAGCAUGAUGCUGGUCGUGCUGCUUAUGAGGAUGCUCAAGAACAGAUUAGGGAAAUACAUAGGAGAAUUGAUGCAAAGGUCUCAAGUAUUACAAGCAUCCAGAGUGAGUUACAGAAGAACAAGCUAGAGGCAUUAGAAGCUCGAGGGGUUGAAAAAAACUGCCUUGAAGAACAAGAAAAUUUAGUUCUUCUCGAACAGGCUGCUAGACAAAAGGUUGCAGAGCUCAUGUCCGUAAUGAAUUCUGAAAAGAGUCAAGGAUCUGUCUUAAAAGCGGUAUUGCGGGCUAAGGAAUCAAAUGCAAUACCAGGAAUAUAUGGUCGAAUGGGCGAUUUGGGUGCAAUUGAUGCAAAAUAUGAUGUUGCAAUAUCAACAGCAUGUCCUGGACUUGAUUAUAUUGUGGUUGAAACAACUGCAGCAGCGCAAGCUUGUGUCGAGCUCCUUCGGCGCCAAAACCUUGGUGUUGCAACCUUCAUGAUUUUGGAGAAACAAGCCAACUUUUUGCCAAGAUUGAAGGAGAAAGUUAGCACACCUGAAGGAGUUCCCCGACUGUUCGAUUUGAUUACGGUUCAGGAUGAAAGAAUGAAACUUGCCUUUUUUGCUGCACUAGGGAAUACUGUUGUUGCGAAAGAUAUUGAUCAGGCAACACGCAUAGCGUAUGGUCGAAACAAAGAGUUCAGGCGUGUUGUAACUCUUGAUGGUGCUCUCUUUGAAAAAUCUGGUACAAUGAGUGGUGGGGGAAGUAAACCCCGUGGAGGCAAGAUGGGUACAGCUAUACGAGCUACUAGUGUCUCUGCAGAAGUUAUUGCAGAUGCUGAAAAGGAGCUCUCUAUGCAUGUAGAAGGUUUAAAUCAUCUACGCCAAACAAUUGCGGUUGCUGCAAAGCAUUACCUGGCUUCAGAGAAAGCAGUUUCACAUUUGGAGAUUGAACUAGCAAAGAGUCAACAGGAGGUUGACAGUUUAAAGUCACAGCUUACUGAUCUGGAAAAGCAACUCGAGUCUCUAAAGUUGGCUUCUUUUCCCAGAAAAGAUGAGGUUGAUAGACUUGGAGAAUUGAAGAAAAUAAUAUCUGCUGAAGAAAAGGAAAUAGAUAGACUUACACAAGGUUCAAAGAAGUUAAAGGAGAAGGCUAUGGAGCUUCAGAAAAAGAUUGAGAAUGCAGGCGGUGAAAGGUUGAAAAUUCAAAAGUCAAAAGUUGAUCGAAUUCAGUCUGACAUAAACAAAAACAGGACAGAGAUCAAUCGCCGCAAAGUUCAAAUCGAAACAGGUGAGAAAACAAUAAAGAAACUGAGCAAGGGGAUUGAAGAAUCAGAGAAGGAGAAAGAACGGCUUAAUGCACAGAAAGAAUCAUUGAAAACAACCUUCAAAGAGAUUGAGCAAAAGGCAUUUAUUGUUCAGGAGAAUUAUAACAAGACACAGAAGCUAAUUGAUCAGCACAAAGAUGUGCUGGACAAAGCCAAAUCUGACUAUGAAAAGCUGAAGAAAACUGUGGAUGAGUUGCGGGCCUCAGAGGUUGAUGCUGAGUACAAGCUUCAAGACAUGAAGAAGAUUUACAAAGAGCUGGAAAUGAAGGGGAAAGGAUACAAGAAAAGGCUAGAUGAUCUGCAUAUUUCUCUCACCAAGCACAUGGAGCAAAUUCAGAAAGAUUUGGUGGACCCAGAAAAGCUCCAUGCAACACUGACAGAUGAAGUUCUUGGAGAGACUGGUGACCUUAAUCGAGCUCUUGAGAUGGUGGCCCUCCUUGAAGCUCAACUGAAAGAGAUGAAUCCAAAUCUUGAUUCGAUUUCCGAGUAUCGGCAUAAAACAUCUUUGUACAACCAAAGAGUUGAAGAUCUUAGUCAAGUUACACAACAGCGUGAUGAGAAAAGGAAGCAAUACGAUGAAUGGAGAAAGAGAAGGUUGGAUGAGUUCAUGGCAGGUUUCAACAUAAUAUCAUUGAAGCUAAAAGAAAUGUAUCAGAUGAUUACUCUUGGAGGUGAUGCAGAACUUGAGUUGGUGGACUCUUUGGAUCCUUUUUCUGAGGGUGUUGUUUUCAGUGUCAGACCACCUAAAAAGAGCUGGAAAAACAUUGCAAACUUGUCUGGAGGUGAAAAGACUCUCAGCUCUUUAGCUCUUGUUUUUGCACUUCACCAUUAUAAACCCACUCCAUUAUAUGUGAUGGAUGAGAUUGAUGCAGCUUUGGAUUUUAAGAAUGUUUCAAUUGUGGGGCACUAUGUGAAAGACCGGACCAAGGAUGCACAAUUCGUAAUUAUCAGCCUCAGAAACAACAUGUUUGAGCUGGCUGAUCGACUUGUUGGGAUCUACAAAACUGACAAUUGCACCAAAAGUAUCACUAUCAACCCGGGAAGUUUUGUGGUGUGCGGAAAGGCUGCUUGAGGCUUUUGCUUUGCAUGUUGAAUUUAUCAAUGUUGUUAACUCUCAUGUCUCACUUGCCUUCUCUUGGCCAAGGUCGGACUGCAUUGUGAGCUUGUAAGUUUGAAUUAUGUAUUUAUUGGCCAACAUGUUUUAAAUUAUUGGUUUUGCCUUUCUUUAAAGCUUGUUAAAAUCAUCGGAAAAAGAGAAAUGAAAUGGAAAAAGUUGAAGCAUGAUAGCUG